AUGGAGAAAAUCCUGAGUCAGGUGAUCUGUGUGUGUUUGCUGCUGACUGGACAAGUCUCUGCGGUGGAACUUACCUGUGAAACUUUGAUCCUGCUGUCCACCAACCUGACAGCGAGGACAUUGAUGUUACUGAACCAAACGUUCACCUUCCAUAACUCCUCAGGUCUGCACUGUGACCUUUCUGUGGAUGGUAUCGGGACAUGCUGGCCUCGUAGUGCAGCUGGUGAACUGAUCUCUAGACCCUGUCCUGAGCAGUUCAAUGGCAUCUACUACAACUCCAGCAAUCGGGUCUACAGGGAGUGUCAGACCAACGGAACCUGGGCUCCUCGAGGAAACUACAGUCUGUGCACUGAGAUCAUAAUCAUGAGGAAAAGUAAAGUUCACUAUCAGGUGGCGGUCAUCAUCAACUACCUGGGCCACUGCAUCUCUCUGGGAGCUCUGCUGCUCGCCUUCACGCUCUUCAUGAGACUUAGAAGUAUUCGCUGUUUGAGGAAUAUCAUCCACUGGAAUCUGAUCUCAGCCUUCAUCCUGAGGAACGCCACCUGGUUCAUCGUCCAGCUGACAAUGAACCCCUCGGUCACCGAGCGAAACCAGGUGUGGUGCAGGUUGGUGACGGCAGCAUAUAACUACUUCCAUGUGACCAACUUCUUCUGGAUGUUCGGUGAAGGAUGUUACCUGCACACCGCCGUCGUUCUCACUUAUUCCACCGACAAACUCAGGAAGUGGAUGUUCGUUUGCAUCGGCUGGGGCAUUCCAUUUCCUAUAAUCGUGGCAUGGGCUUUUGGGAAGCUGUACUACGACAACGAGAAAUGCUGGUUUGGAAAGAGAGCAGGUGUUUAUACGGACUAUAUCUACCAAGGCCCAAUGAUUCUGGUUCUGCUGAUUAACUUUGUCUUCCUGUUCAACAUCGUUCGGAUCCUGAUGACCAAACUGAGGGCAUCCACCACUUCAGAGACCAUCCAGUACAGGAAGGCAGUGAAGGCAACGCUGGUGUUGCUGCCUCUGUUAGGAAUCACCUACAUGCUGUUCUUUGUGAAUCCUGGAGGAGAAGACGAAGUUGCUCGAAUCGUCUUCAUCUACUUCAACUCCAUCCUGGAGUCGUUUCAGGGCUUCUUUGUCUCCGUCUUCUACUGUUUUCUCAACACUGAGGUGCGCUCUGCAGUCAGGAAGCGAUGGAGUCGUUGGCAUGACCGUCACUCCAUCCGCAGCCGGACCAUUCGUGCCACAUCACUGCCCACAUCGCCCAGCAGAGUAUCCUUCCACAGCAUCAAACAGUCCUCCAACCUCUGA